AUGUCAAGCGACGAUGAGCAAGUCUCGGUUCUCGUCGUUGGGGGCGGCCCCACUGGUUUACUCACCGGCUAUGGUCUGGCUCGUUCAGGAAUUGCCUGUGUGCUUGCGGAGAAAAAUCUAGGAACCACAAAGUGGCCCAAGAUGGAUCUUACCAACUGCAGGUCGAUGGAAAUCCUACGAACGUGGGGUAUCGCCCAGGAGUAUCGAGAUCAAAAGGGUACCAGACCCGGCCACCGAGCUCCUCAUGUCUUUCUCAAGGACGGUAAAACAAGUACUGUUGAUCUCAUUGCUGGCCAAUGGACCCUUGUUGACUUUGUGGACUCAUGUUCCGACAGCACCGCGGUGGACGGGUUUGUUCCCAUGGCACGAAAGCAAUUCGGCAUUCCCUUGAACCACGCUGUUCUGCGAUCCGAGCAAGCCGCUCAUAGCAUAUGGGGAACUAAUUUGGCGCUCUGCCGUCCAGACGGUCACGUUGCCUGGCGUGCCAAUACCAUGCCCGAAUCUGCCGAAGCGAGGAAAGAGAUUCUAGCAACCGUGACUGGAUACCAGAUUCAUGAGGAUUAUAACAAGCGAGAGAUGGACGAAGAUAGGGUACGCGCUAAAGUUGGGAUCGCUACCUCUUUUCAGACUGCUGUACUUGCGCACGACGACGACGACGAUGAUGAUAAAGGCGUCUGA